AUGGCCGACUUCGAAGAGAGCCUACAGAUCGCCGACUCUGGCGAGGGCGACGUUGUGAUGGGCACGGCCCCAGAAGAGCACGAGGUGGAAGAAGAAACCCCAGAGGGCGCAGGAGAGGGCGAGGGCAACGAAAAUCUGGAUGCCAACGGCUCCUCUUCUCCAACAACCCAAAAUCCUCAAACCAUUUUCCUCGAAUACCUGAAGUCGCCGAUUGUACAGCUUGUUGUUGGCGCAGGCGACAAAGAGACGAUAUUGACGGCGCACAAGGCUAUUCUCGAGCAAUCGCCGUUCCUCAAAGAAAAGCUGUCAACCUUCAACGACGACGACCUUCGCAUAGAUCUCCACGAUGAGCAUCUGGAUGCCGUCGUCUGCUUCCUGCAAUACCAAUACACUGGGGAGUAUUUCCCGCGACGCCUCUCGAACGAUACCCUCGAAAGCGAUUCCUCUGUUCCCGCCAUCGACGACACGGGUGAUCGGCUGUUGAAACAUGCGCGCGUGUACACUUUGGCAGGGAAACUAGGCAUGCCGGUCCUCAAGACUCUAGCGCACUCGAAGAUCCACCUUAUCAACUCCAGCGCCGUCGGCGAGAUUGCAUAUGCCAGAUUUGUAUAUGGCAACAUCCCGCCCGAGGACGUCAAUAUUCGCAAACCCGUCGCCGCAUUCUGGGCGACACGGUCGCAUGUCUUGCGCCACGAAGCCGAGGCAGAGUUCAAGGCCAUGUGUUUGGAGUACCCGCAGUUCGGCUUUGAUGUCCUGAGUCUAGUAUUGGACCAGCGGGAAAAGAGGGCGAGAGAGCGUGAAGACCACGGCACACCCGGCGGCACCAGAGGCAGGAAGAGACUACGACCCAGCAUCAAUGUCUGA